AGUGAAUGAAACCAGGCUCUUCCCCGUACGUGAAGAUCCUGGUGACGCGAGGCUACUGUCGGGAAACUGUCCAACUGUGCUGCGUGGAAGUGUACGAAUCGUUUUACUGUCCAAACCAAAUCCCAGGGAAUAACCUUUCACAGGUUUCCCAAAGAUACUGCUAGGAGGAAACAGUGGGAAGUAGCUCUCCGGAGGGAAGGGUUUUCUGCUAGCUCGUCUUCCAUGCUCUGCAGUGAGCAUUUCAAGCCGGAGGACUUUGACAGAACAGGCCAGACAGUCAGGAUCAGAGAUGGAGCUGUCCCUUCUGUCUUCAGUUUCCCAGCUCACCCCCAGAGGCCUGUUGCUACCAGGACAGCUGAGCCCUCAAAGAAGGUCCUCAAAGAAGAGACUGCGGCAGUGGACUGUUCCCAGCUUGUCCAAGACACUGAUGAACCCCUGCCUGUACCCAGUGUUGACCACUCCUAUGUCCUGCCUUCAUCACCUGAUGAUCUAAGGGCCAGACUUAGUGAUGCCUUGGCUAGGGUGGAGAGUCUGGAAAGAGAGAAGAGGAAUGCAAUGGAUAGAGAAAGGAGGGCAAAGAACACUGUGUGCAGUCUUCUGGAGGAUCUCAGAGGAAAGAAACGCAUAAAUCAAGGGCUGAAAAACAAGCUUGAUUCAUACUCAGGAAUAGGCAGAAUAGUGUGGAGGAUUACUUCCAUAAGAAGAACUCAACUCCCUGCACACCCCAGGAGGCUGCUGUGCUCACGGAGAGCGUCUUAUCAGUGAUAGUAAAAAACAUGA